AUGGCAUUUUGUCGUUCAAUUUUGAUCGAACGUCUUCUCAAUAAUAACCAUGGUCAACUUACCACCACAGCUUUGGGAAUUUCACAAAGUUGGAAUGAUAUCGACUCCUUUGAACGAGACAAUAUUAUGGAAGUCUAUCGGAAACUUUCAAAUAUUGAGGAACAAAUUUGGGGUAAAGUAAUUGUAAUGGAAAGGAAUAUUCGUUCUGCAAAGGCAUACCUUCGAUCACGUGUCAUCACAAUUGACGGAAGUGAUUCUGAAUUUGACGGUCUUCGAAUUGGCUUACAACGAUUUGAAAACUCAUGUCGUGAUGAUGGCACGAUCAGAGCAUUUGAAGUUUUCGGAAAAGGUGUAAAGAUGAAAAUUGACGAUGUUGGUAAUGUUUGGCUUAAAUGCACGGAAGGAAGUGUAUUCGUUAAAGGAAUACUUGGAGAGAUUAUUGUUAAAAAUGAUCCAAUCAAAAUUUUUGAUUUGAAAGUUCUCAAAGAAUUCGUUUUACGACAUAGCAAUUUUGAUGAAGUUGCACGUGAUCGAUAUAGUCGGAUGGCAAUCACUUACGCACACGUUGAUAAGCCAACAGAUCCUCUAUCGUCAUCUUUAUGGUUUGCUGUAAUACAUCUUGCAGCGCUUGAAAUGAUCCAAAUUUUGCUUCCCUGUAAUUCAGUUUCAAAUACACCGUCACCAGCAGCAAGUACUGAACUUCAAAGCAUUAACCAGUGUGAUGGCUAUUCACAAUCCAGUAGUGCGGACACAAACUGCAAUGAACGGACUGUUUCGUCGAUCAGUUCCAGCUCCUCUUCUCAUUACUUAGGAGUCAGCUCUCCUUAUUGGAAUCGACAAUUAAGAUCACGUGGUGGUGCUUACAAGAAAAUUAACCGAGAACCAAAUGUAUAUUCGUCGUCAAGGAAUGUUAGAAAUCCUGAACAGGAACAGAGAAAAGAAAAAGGUCGAAGUCUUCUGAAUCUAAGUGAUUUGGACCGAUUACGUAAUCCAGCAUAUUUCCGGAAAGAACGAGAGAGUCGUGGCGGUCCGGGACACAAACGACUAAAUCAUUUUACACAACAGGUGUCAUUCUCUCCCCUGACACCUUACCACUCAUCAAAUAUAAGCUGGCGUUCACGAAGCGAAACAUCUCUUUACUGUGAAAGACUUUAG